AAUAUCAACGAAUUAGUUCGAGAGAAUUGAGGGAAACAAAUUUUCUCUUAAAAAUGCCUGCCAGUAGCGGAGUAUCUUUUGUAUUGUCAUUGAUUCUAACAGUCCUUGUAUUUUCUGGAAUGCAAAUAUACAAAACAUGGCUAGCAUCGUCUCAAAUUUAUACAAUAUUGGGAGGAUACAUUGGCUCUAUAUUAUUUAUGUGUGUGUUAACUGCAAUAGGAAAUUUAGAAGCAACAAUAUUUGGCAAAUCUUUCCAACAGAAAUUAUUUCCUGAAGUUAUAUUUUCACUAAUUGUUAGCCUAAUUGCAUCGGGAUUAGUGCAUCGUGUGGCAACCACAACAUGUUUCUUGUUUUCUAUGAUUGCAUUGUAUUAUAUUAAUCGAAUUUCUCAGGAAACAUAUGCUACACCAGUGCCUACAAUAUCAGUACACACAAAAACAAGAAAACAUGGUCACUGGAACAUGAUGUAA